AUGGAAACGGAUUAUGGAAUUGAUGAAACCAACGAACAAUUAAAGUCAACACAAGAUACUACUGAUAACGCAUCCCAGAACACAGAAACAACCAAUGCUAAAACAUACAGACCACCUCCCAUCUUCGUACAAGGUGAAAAAGCAAUCGACACAAUUCAAGCAUUGAGAAUCGCUAACAUUGAUCAAGAAACUUUCUCAAUAACAAUGUCUAAAGGCCAACACCAACUCCUGGCCAAAAAUCAGCUAAGCUUUGAAAAAAUUAAAGUGGUUCUCAUAGCUAACAAUUUUAAUUUCUACUCUUUCACUCCAAAAAGUGAAAAACUUAAAUCCUUACUCCUCAAAAGUAUGAGCCCGGACGUAACUACAGAUAUGGUUUUUAAAGAUCUAACAGAGAAAAACAUCCCCUCUGUAGUAUUUAAAAAAGUCUCAGAAUUAAAGUUUAUGCGUGACGAUGAACCCAGAAGACAUCUGAUCGUACAGCGACUACGAAGAAACAGAGCACUCCAAUGCAGAAAGUGCCAAAGACUUGGACACACGGCAGCGAAUUGUCAGAUGGAGUACAGAUGUGUCAGGUGCGGUGAUUCUUCACACGCUCCGGCUCAAUGCCCGCUCAAGGAUGAAAAGACUAGAGACAAGUUCAAGUGCGCAAACUGUGGUAAAAAUGGACACCCAGCAAGCUACGCAGGCUGUCGAUUCAUGAAAUUUGAAAAAAUUAGCAGAAAUCAAGCACGAGCACAAAAAAACAAAUCACUUGAAAGAAAUAUCGAGGCGAUAUAUCGGGAAGUGACUCCACAAAUUUCUUUUGCUAAUGCCAUGAGUCCUUCAAGGGACCCUUUCCCUCCGCUAAAGCAUAGAAACCAGACCAACUUUCAAACGUUCCAGGAAGGACCUCCACCGCCACCUGUAAUCGAGAAUACGAGGUCUCAAGCUUUCAGAUUACAGCCUGAAUAUCACCAGCAACAAUCACAAUGGCCCCGUGAUGAAAAUCCACAGCAACAAAAUUGGGCUAACAUCACAAAUCAAAUUAGUGAACUAACAAAUGUUAUCAAAGAAAUGAGUAUCAACAUCAAUAGAAGUAUCAACGAGAAUACACGAAAAAUUAAUUUCCUUUUUGCCUACUUCAACAACACAGAUUCCAACAAAAAAAUAUUUGUCAUCAGUAGCUAUGCUACAAAUUCAAAUAGAAAAACAUUUAUACAAGAGCUGGAUGAUGUUCUUCAACGUCUAGAUCUAAGCAAUGCAGAUCAUUUUUUCAUUCUAGCGGGCGACCUAAAUACCCGCAGGAUGGAAUGGGGAGAUACAGCAGACAACCAAAGAGGCAAAUUUCUUAGAACAUGGGAAGCUGAAUCGAUAGACGCCUACAGAUCUUCAAUAUACACCACAGACGUAGCAUCAUUCAAGACUGGCUCAUUCCUAGACGUCUGCAUAAGCAACAUCACACUUACAGGUCUUACAAGCAAAAACAAGAUCACAACAGCAUACUACGACAGUGAUCAUAGAGCGCUUCUCUUCACAGCCAUACUUUCUCAUGAAGUGCAGACUGGAGCUGACAUUCAAAUUCCUUGGCGAAAUCUGCAAGAAAUAGACGAUGGCAUAACAAAUCUAACAUCAGCUCUAGUAAACACUAUCAAUAAAACUGCACCAAUAGUUAAAAAGAAUGAGGGAAUCCUUAAAUAUAUCAACGCUAAAAUUAAAAAACUGCAGAAAAACAAGACUAAAGCCAUAAACCUUCUACAUGUCUCAAUAAAUUCAACAAGCCCAAAUAAACUGGAGCUGAUACAGAAAACUAAGCACACGAUCAAUCUUAUUAAAUCAGAACUCAGGAAAGAAUUUAAUAAAUCAGUCGAGGAUUAUUGGAAAGGUCAGCUCAAACAAAUUAAUCAUAAAGAUCCAACGUCAUUCUUCCCAAAAAUCAAUCGUUUUCUCCGAAAAAAGAACCGUAUCUCAAUAGCCGAUCAGCGAAUUAAAAUCAACGAUCCUGUUUGUCAAAGCGGUGCAAUAGACGUCAUUAAAGCAAUCAAGAUUGAAGAUGAGCUCCUGAUCACUGAACCAAUAGACAAGUUAAACGUCAUUGGAGAAUUUUACCAGACCAUCAAUGCACCUAGAUACUUGAAUACAGGAACUAAGUUGAAAGAACUGAUUGAUAAAAAAGCUGGGGAAGCCAAAGAACUUCUCUCAACAAGAAGAUCUGAAGAUACUACAAUAACUAACUUCUCCAAGGACAAUAGAGCCUUAAAUCCAGCUAAUGAUGGUUUAAUAAUACCCAACCACCUAAACAACAAAAAAAGCAACUCAUCAGCGCAGACCCAGAAGGAGCAUCCAUUUGUAACCUAUGACCAGCUGACAAAAAUCCUUAGAAAACUGCCAAACAAAACCUCCAAAGGUCUGCAACAGGGAACAGUCAACUCACCACUUCUGUUCAACAUUUUCACAAUGGCCCUGCUACAACUAUUCAAUCUUAACAUAAAGGAAAACCUAUUCGCUGUUGCCUACGCUGACGAUAUUAUAGUCGGAGUUGCUGGCAAAAAUCCUCCUAAACUGCAAAAUGAACUUGAAAAACUAGUAAAUAAUAUCAAUGAUUAUUACAAAAUCUGGAACCUCAGAAUGAACCCUGAGAAAUGCGAGAUUGCUGUGUUCAGAAGAGAAUCCAAUCACCUAAGCAAGAAAGCACUAACUCAAAUCAAGGACUUUCAAAUCUCUACUCCAUCUCCAAACACUAACGAAAUGAUUAAGAUACCACAUAAAACAGUCGUCAAAUACCUUGGAGUUCAUAUUGACCAGCUCCUAAGGAUAAGAUAG